GCUUUUGACGUCAGAGCUUAGCGACGCUGCCGGUGCUCACCCCCUGCUCGGCGCCGCCAUGUUCAAGGUAAUUCGGCAGGGGGCUGUUCCUGUUAGCCUGAGCUUGCUCUCCAUCCAGGUUUAUGCUUCCUCUUCAGAGAAGGAGACUUCCAAAAAGGAGUUGCUGAAAAUUGAGGAGCUGUCACUCUACUCCUCUCCAGCUUGUGAGACCAAAUAUGUGGAGACUCCACAAAGCCAAUUGGAAGAGGGGGUUUCGCAUUUACGGCAUGUUAUGGAGCCAUACACAGCCUGGUGUCAGGAUCUUUAUGCCAAAGCUAUGCCCACGUUAGAAAAAGCUGUUGAGCACGGUAGAGAGGGCUAUGAAUUUCUCCAAAACCCCCCUGCUGGAUUUUAUCCAAGACUUGGUGUGAUAGGUUUUGCUGGAAUUGUUGGAUUGUUCCUUGCUAGAGGCUCAAAAAUAAAGAAGCUGGUGUAUCCUCCAACUCUCAUGGGUAUUGGUGCCUCCAUGUAUUACCCUCAGCAAGCUGUUGCUAUUGGAAAGGUUGCUGGUACACAGCUGUAUGAUUGGAGUCUGCAGGGAUAUAUUGCUGUAGAAUCUCUUUGGAAGGAUAAUCCUAAGAAGAAGAAAUCUGGUGAAAAAAAUGAUAAGGGUGAUGCAGAUGGUGAGAAGCGCCUGGAUAUCCACACUGCUUCAAAUGAAGAGCGGGCCCGGAAGUAGAGCACCACAUCAUUGGCGUUAAACAGGUAAAGGAUGAAGGCUGAUAAUAAUGUGGGGCUUUAGCAGCAAAAUAACCUGGAGAAGCUGAAUAUUUG